CGAAAAUUAAAUUGUAAGUAUUCAAAAUCUCUUGCAGAUUCAAGGAAACAUCAAAAUAAUUUUAAGCAGUUAGAAAUGAUCGUAACAAAGCCAUUAGUGUUAUUAGUGUUGGCAGUUUCUGUUGUUUUCGCAACGCCAAUUAACAAGAAUGAGUUAUCAUUAGAAAGUAUUCAAAGAAAUGUGAGAGAAAUUGAUUGGAACUUUUUCUCGAGAACAACAAAAAAGCCUACCACAACAACAACGGCUCCACCAAAACUUCCAAACAAUCUUGAAAUAGGGCAUUGUGAAGAUGAUGAUAAGAUAAUUUACAUUGACGAUACACGACUCGAAGCAAAUAACUCUACGCUUGGUGGCGUCAUUGAAAUCCACAUUGAUUCGCCCUACUACAUUACAUGUGUGAAGGUUUUAGAUCAAAUGCCAGCGGGAACAGGUGCCAUUCCCACAUACAAUUCUGGAGGAUACGGGAAAGAUUUUAUUUUCAUAAAUGCUCAAGGCCAAUACGGCCACGGCAUUCAUUUUAAAAUUAUUGUUAGAGGAAAUUUGAAAAUGUCAGAGAAUGAGAUUAGCCGCAAUAAAUAAAUAAAUUAAACUAAUUCACAC